AUGUGGUUGAUCCUUAUGUGCCUGUUGCCCAUUGCCGGCUUUAGUGUGCAUCAAAGCCAUCGCCGCAACGAUGUGGGCUUUUGGCCAGGCCGAGACUUUAGUGUGGAAAGCAUAAGCCAACAGGCCAGGUCAAGCAAUGGUCAUACCAAUGGAAAUCUUAAUGCCAGCAUCGAUAUUAAUGUCUUUGAGCGUUUGAGAGAUACAAAAACGCAAUCUGGAGGCGACAUUAGUAAAAUGCGUGUCUAUAAUGUGGGCGUACUAAUGGCCUCCCAUUUGGAUUCACCUUUUGAUCUGGAGCGCUGUGGGCCAGCUGUUGAUUUGGCCUUGGAUCAGAUUAACAAGCGUUUUCUCAGUCCGCACAACAUAAGGCUGGUGAAAAAGAAGGCAAGCUACCCCUCCUGCUCGGGUGCCAGAGCACCAGGACUUGCUGCGGAUAUGCAUUUCAAGGACGAUGUCAUUGCGUUUAUAGGACCUGCCUGCGCUUUUGCGCUCGAGCCCGUUGCUCGCCUGGCCGCCUACUGGAAUACGCCCAUCAUCACGGGCAUGGGCGAUCAGCCACCUUCCUCUGAGGGCGAACUAACUGUCACCUCUGGCAUCUUGGGUCGCAUACACAAGUGGAAAAAUGAGAGCACGGGCAUGUUCAAAGAUAAAUCCAAGUAUCCCACACUGACUCGCAUGUCCUAUUGUCAGUGUCGUUUGAAAUUGGUCUUUGCCAGCGUAUUUCGUCAGUUCAACUGGAAGCAUGUGGCUUUGUUGGUAGAUCGCUCCGAGCUCUUUAGCUUAACCGUUGGCAAGAAUCUGGAGUAUGGACUGCGACAAGAGGGCUUGCUAAGCUUUGUGCGUGAGCUCAAUGGCAAUGAGGAGGAGAAAUAUGAAAACUAUCUUAAGGAUGCCAGCAUGUAUGCGCGUGUGGUAAUCCUAUCGGUGCGUGGUGUGCUGGUGCGUAAAUUUAUGCUAGCUGCGCAUAAUCUGGGCAUGACUAAUGGUGAGUGGGUUUUUCUGGAUGUGGAGAUCUUUCAAAGCGCCUACUGGGGCGACAAGGACUGGGAAAUGGGCGAUGAGAACGAUCAGCGCGCACGCAAGGCUUAUGAGGCUUUGCUGCGCGUCUCGCUGCUGCAACCUACGAGUCCCACCUUUCAGGACUUUGCGGACAAUGUGCGCGAUAAUGCGCUCUCCGAGUACAAUUACACUUUUGGCGAGGGCGAGGAGGUAAACUUUUUCAUCGGCGCCUUCUAUGAUGGCGUCUAUCUGCUGGGCAUGGCGCUAAACGAAACGUUGACCGAGGGUGGCGAUAUCAGGGAUGGUGUCAACAUAACGCGGCGCAUGUGGAAUCGCACUUUUCGUGGCAUUACGGGACAUGUGCGCAUCGAUGAUAAUGGCGAUCGAGAUGCGGACUACUCUAUACUGGAUUUGGAUCCCAUAAAUGGAAAGUUUUCGGUGGUAGCGCAUUACUAUGGCUUACAUAGAAAAUAUGCUGCUGCACCGGGAAAGAAAAUACAUUGGCCUGGAGGUCGGGAGGAACCUCCACCAGAUAUACCACCCUGUGGAUUUUUAGGCAAUUCGCCAGACUGUCAUGGCAAUGAAACUACCAUUAUGUAUUCCAUUUUUGGUCUUGCAUUGUUCUUGGCUUUGGUCUUUUUGGUCAUUUGUUUGCUGCAAAAGCAAAUGAAGCUUAGCAAGGAGCUGCACAACAUGUCCUGGCGCGUGCGUCCUGACGAUGUGCUCAUCGAAAUGGGUGGCAUGUUUGGCUCCAAGGGCGGCCUACAGCGCCUGGAUGUGGAAAAUAUAUCACUGCAACAGUUUGGCAUACACUCGGGACGCGCUUCCAUUGCCAGCUUUGCCUCGCUGCCGCCACAGGUCUACACCACGAUAGGACAAUUUAAAGGCGAGCGUGUGGCUAUCAAAAAAGUGAAUGUAAAGAAGGUGGAGGUUACUUCGACGCUGCUUUGGGAGAUUAAGCAGGCGCGCGAUGUUAGUCAUGAGAACACAGUGCGCUUUGUUGGCGCCUGCAUUGAUCUGCCACGCCCCACGGUGCUUAUACUAACGGAAUAUUGCUCGCGCGGCAGCUUGAGAGACGUGUUGGAGAACGAGGCCAUUGAGCUGGACUGGAAUUUUCGCAUGUCGCUUAUACAUGACAUUGUCAAAGGCAUGAGCUAUCUGCAUAAUAGCGAUGUCGUCGCUCACGGCAAAUUGAGAUCUUGCAACUGUCUCAUCGAUGGACGCUUUGUGCUGAAAAUCUCGGACUUUGGACUGAAUACGCUGACCACGCCUUCGGACUUUGUGCGCGACCAAAACUAUUACACUAAGCUGCUUUGGAUAGCGCCUGAGCUAUUGCCCAUGACUUCCAUACCCGGCUGCCCGGCUACGCAGCGUGGUGAUGUCUACUCCUUUGCCAUUAUACUGGAGGAAAUUGUUAAUCGCGGUGGUCCCUAUCAGGAAGCUCGUCAACAAGGCAUGGAUGUGCAUACCAUACUGCAUAAAGUGCGUCAAUGUGAAUAUCCGCCGUUUCGUCCGCUUAUACGGGAACGUGAAUGUCCGCCGGACUUGCUGGUGCUAAUGGAGAAAUGCUGGGCAGAUAAUCAGGAAGAGCGUCCUGCAUUUUCAACCAUACGCAGCAACAUACGCACUAUUAUGAAAGGUUUCUGUGAGAAUCUGAUGGACGACUUGCUCAAUCGCAUGGAGCAUUAUGCCAACAAUUUGGAAAGCCUGGUGGAGGAGAAAACGCGUCAACUUAGCUUGGAAAAGCAACGCACCGAGGAGCUACUGUAUCAGAUACUGCCACGCCCUGUGGCGCAACAACUAAUGGCAGGCGAUAUUGUAGAACCCGAGGAGUUCAGCAGUGUCACCAUUUAUUUCAGUGAUAUUGUAGGCUUUACCGAACUCUGUGCACGCAGCACACCCAUGGAUGUGGUCAACUUUCUUAACGAUCUCUACAGCACUUUCGAUCGCAUUAUUGGCUUCUAUGAUGUCUACAAGGUGGAGACUAUUGGCGAUGCCUAUUUGGUGGUCUCUGGCCUACCUGAACCCAAUGGCGACAAGCACGCACGUGAAAUCGCUUUAAUGGCCUUGGACAUACUCAAAGCUGUCUGCUCUUUCAAUCUGCGCCAUCAACCCGACUACAAGAUACAGAUACGCAUAGGCAUGCACUCGGGCUCGGUGUGUGCUGGUGUCGUUGGCAAAAAGAUGCCACACUACUGCCUCUUUGGCGAUACAGUUAAUACAGCUUCACGUCUGGAAACUACAGGACAGCCGGGCAAAAUUCAUGUCUCCUCUGCCACCAAGCUUAUACUCGAUAAAUUCGGCACCUUUCAAUUGGAGCAGCGUGGCGAUGUGGAGCUCAAAGGCAAAGGUACUGUAACCACAUUCUGGCUGAACAGCACCACCGAGGCUGAGGCACGACCCAGUACUCCACCACUUUUAAGCAACGAUGAGGUGCCGUUUCCUUUGCUCUUUGCCGGCAUGGGCAAGUAA